UCAUGAGAAAGGAUGUAUUGAAGCAUAUUUUAAUGAUCUCCAGAAAACGUUUACAUCUCCACAUUGCAACCACUCGAUUAAUAUAGGUUCUUGAAACCAUAAAUUAUUGGUUCUAUAGGGAUGAAAUUAGUUGCGUCCGUCCUUCUCCUAUCAUCUCUCUUUUAAGCCUUUAUUCAGCGAUGCAGUUUCUCUGCCUGAUCCAAGACCUGCUCUAAUUCCCUGCUGGAAGGGAGGCCUGGCUAGUGGGGUCUGUGGGCUGGUUGUGAUGGAUCAUGUGCUUAGUUACCGGAAGCGGGUGCAGAUGCGGUGCUGGGAAGUGGACUUUUUAUUUUUUUUAAAUGACAAAGCACAAUGUGGACGAAUUUCUAGGGGGAUUUUGAAGCCAGUACAGCACCCAGAGCAGAAGAUUCCUGCUACUAAUUCAUGUGGUGAGAAGGUGAAGCAGCGAUUUUGGAGGUAAAGGUGAAGGUGGUGGUGGUUGUGGAUCAGGGACAUGCCUUUUCUAGAUAAAAGCAGCAACAAAAUUGAAUAGGGUGUGGAUAGAGGAGGGGAGAGAGAUUAGCAGAAAGGUAUAUAAAAUUACUAGGCUGCACACUGGAUCAUAUUAUACUAUAAUGCACCAUUAGGUAUAUGAGGCGAUAAAGUAAUGAAACCGCCAUAUUGUGCACAUUUAUUGCAAUCACAAGGUUGUGCAUUUGCUUUGCUUUUUGAUGUUUCAGUGUAUCAGAUGCCCAUCCAUAAUGUGAGAACUGAUAAAUUUAUGUUGAUUUUGACAGCCCCUUUCAAAUUUGAUACCCCAUCACCAGAUGAUAUAGUUUCUUCUGGCAAGAAUGCUGCAAGAAAUUUCCCCAAAGUGCCAUUAGGAUCUACAAAGGCUUCAUCCAACAUCACUGGGAAGAAGGAGAUAGUCAAUCUUUUACCAGUUAAUGAAGUGUCUAACAGUUCAUCUGCCUCAUCAUCUAAAGACAAUCAUAUUGACGUGAGUGAGAGUAGCAAUUCCAGGGAUUAUGAAGACGCACCACAAAUUAUCGCUGAUGAUCUGCAUCGGUUGAAAUUGGAUAAGAACUCUAAAGAUAAUAGAAGUAAAAAAGCUAGUAGAAAUGUCCAGUACAAACCAGAAAAAUGGAUGUUAUCUGACCAAGAACAAGGAAUAUCAAGUCAAUUAAAUCUUGCAGUUGUUGGCCAUGUUGAUUCUGGGAAAUCCACAUUAUGUGGAAGAUUGCUUCAUCUUCUGGGGCGAAUAUCUAAGAAACAAAUGCAUAAAAAUGAGAAGGAAGCUAAGGAAAAGGGAAAAGGAUCCUUUGCCUAUGCAUGGGCAAUGGAUGAGAGCGCUGAGGAGAGGCAAAGGGGUAUUACAAUGACAGUGGCUGUUGCCUAUUUUGACUCAAAAAAAUUUCGUGUUGUUUUACUUGACUCCCCAGGCCACAAAGAUUUUGUUCCAAAUAUGAUAUCUGGUGCUACACAAGCAGAUGCUGCUGUUCUUGUCGUUGAUGCUUCUGUAGGUUCCUUUGAAGCAGGUAUGGGUGGUAAUAGUGUGGGACAGACAAAAGAGCAUGCACAACUCAUUAGGAGCUUUGGUGUUGAGCAAAUUAUUGUUGCUGUUAAUAAGAUGGAUUUAGUGGAGUUCUCCAAGGAACGGUUUGAUUUCAUAAAACUGCAACUUGGCCUUUUCCUAUGUUCUUGUAAAUUCAAGGAAUCAUCAGUGGCAUGGAUUCCUCUGAGCGCCAUGGAAAAUCAAAAUUUGGUAACGACUGCUUCAGAUGUUCGUUUGUCUUCUUGGUAUCAAGGCUUUUGUCUGUUGGAUGCCAUAGAUUCUUUAAAGCCUCCACAACGAGAUGUUUCAAAGCCACUUCUUCUGCCUAUAUGUGAUGUUGUUAUAUCACAUUUUGUGGGGCAAGUGGCGGUUUGUGGUAAAUUGGAGUUCGGAGCUCUUCGAGCUAGUUCAAAGGUUCUAGUUAUGCCUUCGGGAGAUUUAGCUACAGUACAAACUAUCCAGCGGGAUUAUUGUCCUUGCACUAUAGCAAAAGCUGGAGAUAAUGUGGCUGUCAGUUUGCAAGGCAUUGAUGCCGGCCAUGUGAUGCCUGGUGGGGUGCUGUGCCACCCAGAUCUCCCUGUGACUGUUGCAUCUAGUUUAGAGCUGAAGAUUCUUGUUCUGGACAUUGUGACACCAAUUUUGGUUGGCUCACAGGUUGAGAUUCACAUACAUCAUGCCAAGGAGGCUGCAAGAGUCACGAAAAUCUUAUCGUUAUUAGAUCAGAAAAGUGGCAAGGUCUCAAGAAAUGCACCACGGAUCCUAACAGCUAGACAAAGUGCUAUAAUAGAGGUGGCACUGGAUGGAACAGUUUGUGUGGAAGAAUUCUCAGUCUGUCGGGCUCUUGGAAGAGCAUUUCUAAGAGCCUCAGGUAGCACCAUUGCCGUGGGCAUUGUGACUCGUGUCCUCGAGCAGGGGUCUUAGGUCUUUGAGAAGCACCUUGGAAUGAACUUGGCAUGACUAGAUGCAGCCCCUGAGACUACUCUGGAGUCUGGACGCAUAUCAUGCUAUACCGGAUAUCGAGCUUUGUGAAGAUAGCAGCUAGUGGUACUGCAGUCUCAUCGAUUUCAUUUAAAAGCGCUGCUACCGCACACUGCUCCAUUCACCCGUCCUACAUGGCAAAUGCAAGAGGUAGAGGGGACCUGAGUGCGAUCUGGCCAUCCUGUGAGUGCCACAUCAGCACCCAAUCCAAAGCAGUGCGCAUCAGCAUUUUUCUUCUGUUAAUUAAAUUAUCUGCUUCUUUUACUUGAUGUGUGUGUGUGUGUGUGUGUGUGUGAGAGAGAGAGAGAGAGAGAGAGAGAGAGCAGCAGAAGCAUGCAAAGGCUCCAGCCGUUUUUUGUUGUACAUUGUGUGCAUGUAUACCAUUGUAUCAUGUGUAUGCUUUAUCCAGAAACGGUGACUGUUGCUUGCCCUGUAUUUUUCUGUUCAAAAGUUGACAACAUUGUUUUGUUAAUGUAUUUUUCUGCAUACCAUAAUAUCAUGUGCAA